AUGUGGGAGGAGAGGGGGAUGGGGGAGGCGCCGAAAGGUGGGAUCAUUUACGAUCAGACAACAACAACAACAACAACAACAGCAGCAGCAGCAGCGGCAGGAGCAAAAGCCCCAAAUUUGUCUCUAUGGCGCGUGUACAAUCAUGUACUACAUACACACGGCAUGGUAUACAUGUGGCACAGCACUCCAUGGCACCACACCCAGUUCCUAUAUGCACGACGCCAUGGUGGCCGAACGCGGUCAGUGCAACCGAUCUAUGCCGUCCCUCUAGACUCUAGACGCUGGAGCUCUCUUCCGUCCCGCUACCUAUAUCUCGCAGACCAGACGGUUCAGCCUCGGGGCCUUGCGAAGAAGAAGCCGCAGCAGCUCGCUCCUGCAUUGCAUCAUGGCAUAGCGGUGGGCGUGCACGUGCUACCCACCGGUAUCGCCAGCCUGUCGCCAUCUGCUUCGUUGCUCUUCGUCACGCUGCAUGCCAUAGCCAACGCCUGCAUCACGAGCUUCCGGCUUGGUGUGACCUUCACCAAGACCUUGGGAGUUACGCACAGUACAUAUGUCUUGUACAGUACUGGAGCUACGGCACGUAAACGCGAUGGCCCCUCCAUCCCGCUCGAGAACGGUGGUCCGGAGUGGGCAGUCAUCAUUGGCGUGGGCUCACCAGUACGAAGGCAAAAGGCCCUUCUCCGCCAUCCGCCCAAAUGA